CAUUCUCCAAUCCCAGUUUGUCAAGAAGGGGUUAAAAAAAAUCCAAUCGGAACCCCUUGGGCAAAUCUUGGGCUGUAGGUCCCUACCGCUGCGGGAAAGGGUUAACGCACUGAGCGUACUAUAACUCUUCAGGCUUCACCGUCUCUCUCCACCGCAGCCCGGGCUCAUCGGGAGAAUGGGGCAGACACGCUCGCCCUGUUGCGAUCAUUCCCAAUUCUUCGACGACAGCGAGAAGGAGGCCGCCGGCAUACUGCGGGAACUCCCUCGCCUAAUCUUGGAAUCUGACGACGCCGUACCCUUCUCGUGGGGCGGCAAAAAGCCGCGAUCGGCCUUGCGUGCUGGAACCAAUACUUCAUCGUCUGCGUCGACGGCCGCCGAGUCCACCCGUACCAGCCCUGAUACGCCGCUCUUGUUGCCCCCCAAAGAGUCUGAACACCAUCCUAGUCACUCCAAGAUAAGAAUCUCGCUCAAAAGGAAGGCAGAUAAUGUGAGCCAGAUGAGCGGCUUCGUUCCGGAACGAAAAGGAAAAGAACAGGGCCUUAAGAAAUUGAAGCGCGGUCAACCCAGCGUGAAACUCCCCACUGUUCUGAAUCACCACGCUCCCUUGAUAAUGGCGGAGGAGAGCGGUGAAAACCCGUUAUGCGAUGGUCUGGGCGGCGUCGUGGAGGAGAGGCCUGCCGCCGGCGCCAAUUACGGCCACUGGGCUAUCAGGAGGGCUCUUGCCGCCCAAGCUAGAAGAAGAAGGAUUGACUUCCUGAGGAUGAGGUCGAAAAACCGCCGCGCAUGAAGAUAUGAGCGUCUGAUUCUGCUGACAACCUAAAUUUUUGGUCUCCUUAGUGUUGAUUGUUUUCUCUGUUUUUUUUUUUUUCCUUUUGUUUUUUGUAACUAUGAAGUUUUGUUUAGUUUAAGGUCGGGCGUAUAGUUUUAUUUUUGUAAACUAGAGGUCUAAUUGUUGACAGGAAUAAUGAAAUUCUCUCUCUCUUUAUAUA